AUGACUGAUCAUUUAUUUAAAAGCAAGACAUUCUCAUCCGUGUACCAGAAAUAUAUGCUUCCUGCGUCCAGUGAGAUCAUGAGUCAGAUUUUUUCAUAUAUGGAAGAGAAGAAAAGUAAACCGUAUGAUACAGCAGUCGAUGUUGGCUGUGGUACUGGGAGAUAUACAUUGCCUCUAGCACCUCAUUUCAAAAGUGUUAUUGGUGUAGACAUCAGCGAAUCUCAACUUGAGGAAGCCAAACAAUUCUGUCCAUUGGAAAAUGUAACUUUCCAGGUGGCUGCUGCUGAGAACUUACCCCUAGAAGAUGCAUCUGUGGACCUUGUGAAUGCAGGACUUGCUGCUCAUUGGUUCAACGUGGAGAAAUUUGUGCAUGAAGCAAUUCGGGUUUUAAAGCCCAAUGGCUGUCUGGCAGUGCAUGCUUGUGGUCCAACUUUUAAAAUACAGGAUGGUCGUAAUGAUCCAGCACUAAACUCCAUCAUAAAACAGUAUAUGGACAAAGUAUCAGAAUAUAACUACAAAAACAACAAUCUUCUGCAUCACCAGUAUGAAGAGGUUUUCAAUGCUAUACCAUUAAAAGACAAGAGGUGGGUUACGGACAUCCCCGUUGUAUUUGAAAUGUCUGUUGGAGAAAUAAUAGGAUUGUUUCAGUCUAUAUACAUGUACCAAGAAUUCCUUAAACAUGAUAAAAAUGAAGCCAUCAGAUUCCUGAAGCAACUGGAACAGAGGUGA